AUGUCUCGUGCUGCGUGGACGACUGUACUCCACAACCAGCUCCUGCAAUUAAAACUCGAAGAUUUCGAAUUGGAUCCUAUUGCUACUCGACAGCCAUCGGCUCCCUCACGGCGAAAACGUCGUCGCCCACCACAGCACAUCUACAAACAGUACGAUGACUGGGUCACUGUGUCUGGCGUUCAAAAGUGGAGAGAGCACUGCUCCAGCGGUGACGCCAAAAAUUUUCUCUGCCCGAAAGCCCUACGUGAGUACAACGGUAUCACCAAAACAUGCUUCCAGAAUUUGCUUGAGGAUUUUGAGUGCGGAAAGUCUAUUCCUGAGUCGCUAGGAAAACGAGUAGUGUUUCGACGUCCGACCAAGUUCGGAAGGCGCAAUAAAACGCGUCGUGAGUUGCUGCGGGAAGAGGGGGACGAUACUGAUGACGAGGGCGAAACUGCGUAG